AUGGCGAAAGGAUCAAUCUAUCUUAUCGCCCUAGCCAUCGUAGCGCCAUUCCUAUACGACCGGUACAAUUGGCUUUCAGCAGUCGUAGCGAAUCGGCCAGGCAAAUUACAAAAGAUCUACAACAUCAAAAGCCAUGAGGUCAAGUUUCAGGAUCAGAUUAGAAAUUGCGAGGAUCUGUUGAUUGAAGAGGGUAUGGGCAUUGCAUUCUUGGGCUGUGAUCCGGGGCGUGAUCGGUGGAAUACUGUUAUGGGCACUUUUCUCCCUCCCACCAGCGGACGAGCAGGCAAAGAUGACGCACACAUUUGGAUCUACGAUUACUCUACGCCCAAUCUGCCCGACUCAGAAGCUCUCAAGCCUCUUGUGUUUACUGAUUACGCCAGUCCGGCGGACUUUCAUCCCCUGGGCAUGGACUUUGAUACGUCCACAUCAACUCUAUAUGUGAUCAACCACUCGCGGCACUCCGGCUCCAUCAUCGAUAUCUUCCAAAUCUCCAUAAAAGAUGCAACGGCAAAGCACAUAUCAACAUUCAAACAUGAUCUGAUCCCCGCACCAAAUUCCGUCCACUCGCUCGGCAAUGGAAAACUCCUGGUGACAAACGACCACUACAUGCGCGCGGCCGUCUCGCCGCUCCUUUCCAAAAUCGAAACCUUCUCCGGCCUCCCAGGCGGCUCGAUCGUGUACACGGAUAUCCAUAACCCGCAGGACACCAAAACACUAGCACGCAUUCCCUUUGCAAACGGUCUUGCUAUGCUCAACUCGACGACUGUGGCUGUAGCUUCAUCGUCCAAGCCUGGCGUGUACUUGUACUCACUCAACUCGUCUGAUCAUAGCCUCAAGUUUGAAAAGUAUAUCCGCACCCCUGCUAGCGCAGAUAAUCUCUCUGUCGAUUCAAAUGGCAAAUUGCUCAUUGCAGGCCAUCCAUUUGCGCCGACUUUGAUGAAAGUAACCCAAGGGCGGUCGAAGUGUGAUUUUGACGGUACAGAGGAAGAGAGGGAGGCGUGCGAGUGUACUGCGCCGAGUUGGGUGGCUGAGUGGAGUGAGGAGGAAGGAUUGAAGGAGGUGUAUAAGGAUAACGGAGAGGAGUUUUGCAGCAGUAGCACGUUUGCGAGGGAUGUAGGGAGGGGAAUUGGAAUGGUCAGUGGAUUAUAUGAGAGGGGUGUGCUAGUGUUCAGGGAGUAA